CACACAAAAAAGUUUCAAGAUCAAAUUAGCUCUGGGGUCACGUGGCGCCGCUACGUCAGAUGUAAACCAGGGGCAAGAUGGCGGCCGCCGGAGGAGAGGCUACCGAGAGUGUAUCGGAUGAAUUAUUUCAAAACUUCUACACGGAGGUGAAGCAGAUCGAGAAGAGAGACUCUGUGCUGACCAACAAGCAGCAGAUAGAGAGGCUGCUCCGACCUGGAGCCUCCUACUUCAACCUCAACCCGUUCGAGGUGCUGCAAAUUGACCCCGAGGCAACAGAUGAUGAAUUAAAGAAAAGAUUUCGGGCGUUGUCCAUUUUGGUCCAUCCGGACAAAAAUCAGGAUGAUCAAGAAAGAGCACAGAAAUCCUUUGAAGCUGUGGACAAGGCGUAUAAACUUCUACUGGACCCCGAGCAGAAAAAAAGAGCCUUAGACGUGGUCCAUGCAGGAAAGGAAUACGUGGAACAUAUGGUAAAAGAGAAAAAGAAACAGCUGAAGAAAGAAGGGAAGUCGCAGGUUCUCGAGGAGGAUGAUCAUGAAAUGUUCAAGCAAGCCGUGUACAAACAGACAAUGAAGCUUUUCGCGGAGCUUGAAAUCAAGAGGAAAGAAAGGGAUGCAAAGGACAUGCAUGAAAGGAAACGGGCGAGAGAGGAAGAAAUCGAUGCAGCAGAGAAAACAAAGCGAGAUCGCGAAUGGCAGAAAAACUUUGAGGAAACAAGGGAUGGGCGUGUGGACAGCUGGAGGACCUUCCAGGCCAAAGGCAAGCGCAAGGAGAAGAAGAACAACAGAUCCUUCCUCAAGCCUCCAAAAGUCAAGAUGGAGCAGAGAGAAUGAGGCCGUGAAACUGGACUGCAGUAGAUUAAAAACCCACUUGUACUAAAAGAAAAAACUCACUUCUGUGUAUCCUCACCUCGUCGUCUGCAGUCUAGCUGUGUAGUCGCCAUAAGGAUACUUGUCAUGCCCUCUUAGUUUUGUACUUGGGGUUUCUAAUGUACAUAUCUGUGAUCUGGACCCAGAGAUCAUACCUUCCUCGUGUCAGAGAGAUAAAUGAUGCAUCUUCCAUUUCUGUAACUGACGAGAAAAAAUGCGUGGUUUGUCCUUAUGUUUGAUUUUUGUCCUUUUAUUUUUAGAAAAAUUAAAUAAAGCUUGGUGUGAACAAGCCAAACGUUCAAAGCUGAUCCUAAAAUUUGUCUGAAGUUGAAAGGUUCAGGAGACUGUUAUCAGAUAUAUAUGAUUAUUACAGAUCACAUCACAAGUCAAAACAAUACUGAUAAGAUUCACUCACACUCCCUUGAUUAUGCUGUAACAGCACAAUAGGUAAUUAUCUCUGGACUUUCUACUUGUUCAGCUUUUAUUUCCUGUCUUGACGAACCCGUCGGUUCUGCAUGUUUUAAAACUACUCAAUGAAAUACUGUCAAUAAAAACAAACAUCUGACUGGUGUUUGUUGUACAUA